GUCCUCCUGCGUCCUCGCGACGGCGUUGCUUUUGUACCUCUCUGCCAUAGAAGGGGAUCCUGCUACUGUAAUUGACUAUCCGGCGUGGUCCGCAACACCGAUUUAAUAUUUACAUAACUCCCAACCGCCGGAGUAUAUAAGCCAAGACUUUCUUUUAGUUAUAAGUAUAGGCCCGUCUUGUUACACUUCAUAGCCAUCUAUUGAAGGUCCUAAACGACACCAUUAUCUAUGCGUUUACACCUUGCAACGUCUUGGACGUUUGCAGCUGCAGCUAUCGGCUUCGGAAGCCUUCCCUCUGUCAUUGCCUGGGGAGCGGCAGGUCAUGAAAUUGUAGCGACUAUUGCCCAGGUAUACUUGCACCCAUCAGUGUUACAGAACGUAUGCGAAAUUCUCUACCCGGGUUCCAGUCUUUCAUCCAGUGACUCUUCGCCGCCUUGCCACCUCUCCCGUGUCGCGACUUGGGCAGACCAGGUUCGCCGUCAACCCCAAUACCGGUAUAGUGCGUCUCUGCACUACGUCGGUGCGCUGGAUGACCACCCUUCGGAUACAUGUCUCUUCCCCGGAGAACGUGGUUGGGCGGGGCGCACGAAUCACAACGUGCUCGGGGCAGUGAGGAAUGUCACCGAGAUUCUGAACGGUUAUGUUGUCGGCGAGCGUGACGGCGCAGCGGCGGAGGAGGCUAUGAAGUUCCUCAUUCAUUUUAUCGGAGACAUGCACAUGCCACUUCAUCUCACGGGCAGAUAUCGAGGUGGCAACGGCGCUAAGGUUACUUUUGACGGCCGGGUUACUAAUCUACAUUCCCUUUGGGAUGGGUUGCUCAUUUCCAAGGCGCUGAGAACCAUUCCUCAGAACUAUACUCAUCCAUUCCCAGCUGGGACUUCCGAUGUCGAUAUCGAGUCCCACUUGCGAGGGACCAUCUACGACCCCUACGUUCGUAGGGUGGUGUAUGAAGGGUUUGGCACUGGCCCUGCCAGGGGACGAUUCACGGAAGAAUCACAGGAAUGGUUAUCCUGCCCCCAAGGUCAACAAUCGUCGUUCUGGGCGUCAGCACAGACAUUCCUGGGUCUUCGCACAGCAGGAGAUGAGCGUAGAUGGGACGACGAUGUCCUAUGCCCGUACGCUUGGGCAAAGGAGUUGCAGAAGCUUAACUGCGAGUUUCCUAUAUGGCCGCGUGAACUUGAUCAGCCUCCCUACAACCAUUCGGUGUUCUCUCCACUUCUCGACGACGUAGAUGAGGAUACAGAAGCGGAAUCUGACUACGUCUAUUCGCUUCCUUCCAUAGAUGAAUUUGGACGACCACGUCCCCAUCCUGAUCUUCUCGAAUUGGACACCCCUGAAUAUGCAGGCCAGAUUGAGAAAGCGUGGCUCGUGGAACGUCUUAUCUCUAUGGCUGGUGCUAGACUUGCUGGUAUACUUAAUGGGUUGUUCUUGGAGGAUGAGUUGACGAAAGCAAACUCUACUCUCCCAGUAUUCUUUUUGAAGUGAUGCUCGAUACCCUUGGAUCUGCUUGCUUAACACAUAUUUGUAUUAUUUGCUGCACUUAUGUACUACUUGUAUAACGCUCAUUGACUGGAUGUCUGAACUGGCGGGACGUUGAGAAUUCAAGACUAGCGAUGUCAAUC